AUGAAACUGCAAAAAUUCUUUGUCAAAUAUCAGCUGGCAUAUCGUACACGUUAUCAUGAACAAAAUUUGAAUCCAAAAUGGAAGCCUUUCGAGAUACAUAUUGAUCAACUCUGCUACGGUGAUAAAGAUCGGGAAUUUCUUGUUGAAUGCUUUGACUGGGACAAAGAUGGAAACCAUGAUUUGGUUGGCAACUGUCGUACUACAGUCAACAGAUUGCUUAACAAAGAAGAUAUCACUUUACCGCUGAUCAAUCAGAAAAAGAUGAAGAAAAACAAAAAAUAUGUUGAUUCUGGACAACUUCACUUUCACAGAGUGUAUUGUUGGAUGGACUACACUUUCCUUGAUUUUAUAACCGGCGGAACUGAGCUCGAAUUUACAGUGGCAAUUGAUUUUACGAAGUCAAAUUUACCAUUGGGCAAUAUGGCAUCACUACAUCAUGUGGAUGAUGAAAGUGCCAGUCAGUAUGAAAUUGCUAUUCAAGCAAUUGCCGAAAUUUGCCAGUACUACAAUAACAGCCAACUGUUUUAUGCUUACGGUUUUGGAGCCCGUUUACCUGGCGAUAAUCGCGUCAAUUUCCAUUUUCCUUUGAAUUUGACCACGAACAGUCCAGAAUGUAUUGGAAUGGCUGGCCUACUAAAUGCAUAUCGUGAUGCUUUAAACAGAAUAGAAUUAGCAGGGCCGACAGAAUUUGGGCCGACGUUACGACAUGCAGCACGACAUGCAGCUUCACUACCUCCAGAUGGUAGCAGAUAUUCCGUUCUUUUAAUAAUCACCGAUGGUGUUAUCAGUGAUAUGAAUAGAGCAAAAGAAGAAAUCGUAAAGGCGUCAUCACUGCCAUUAUCCAUAAUAAUUGUUGGAGUUGGUUAUGACAGUUUCGGUGAAAUGAAAGUUUUAGACUCCGAUCGACAAAUGUUGCAAGUAAAUGGUAAAUAUGCAAAACGUGAUAUUGUUCAGUUUGUACAGCUUCGAGAAUUUUUACCACCUCAUCGUAUUUUAACUGAUGAUGAUUUGAUCGAAGCUAAGUAUCGUUUAGCCAAAGAAGUUUUGCAAGAAGUACCCGCACAGUUAACAAGUUAUAUGAAAUCAAAAGGAAUAUUUCCGAAACAACUUUGUUCCGUUUCAUGUGAUGAUGAUCGAAAGUUGUCUGUGGAACGCGAAUAUCCAAAUCUCCAAACAACAUCACGAACAAGAAGGCGUCUAUUACCAGCAGUACCAUGUGAGGAGGUACAAAAUAUGCAUAUUAAUUCAACCAGGUCUGCCUAA